GUCAGGCGUAGGUCUUUAAAUCGACCCAUUUUCCUGAUGCAUGUGGGUUAUAAGCCCAUUGACCAUAUUUGGUAGGGCGUUCCAAGCGGCACGCACGACGUCACUGCUGCGUCACCUCCGCUGCGCUCUUUCUCGUGCAAGCUCUCAACAUGGCGCCGCUCAAACAGAAGAGGCCAGCUGGUGGUAAGAAGUCCAAGAAGGGAGCAGCAUGGAAGUUCACCUUGGACCUGACCCACCCUGUGGAGGACGGGAUCCUGGACUCUGCCAGCUUCGAAACCUUCCUUAAAGAGAGGAUCAAGGUCAACGGGAAGACGGGGAAUCUGGGUGACGUCGUCCAGGUCGGCCGCAUGAAGAACAAGAUCAACGUGACAUCUGAGAAGCAGUUCUCCAAGAGGUAUCUGAAGUACCUCACAAAGAAGUAUCUGAAGAAGAACAACCUGCGCGACUGGCUGAGGGUGGUGGCCUCUGACAAGGAGACGUACGAGCUGCGAUACUUCCAGAUCAGUCAGGAUGACGAGGAGUCAGAGGCAGACGAGUGAACACCUGCAGACACAUCUGUGUGUGUCCGUGUGUGUGCGUCAGCAGGACAAUAAAUGUGGAGAGGAGAA